GAAUCUAGAAGCAACACUACCAAUUAUUUUACUAGGUGUACGCUAAAUACAGCAAUACUAAUGGUAAUACUUGUCAAACAAGUCAAGGCAUCGAACCAGCUCGCUCGAUCGUGUUCGAAGUCGAGACAUUAUUUAGAGUAAUAAUUCCUCGCAUUCUUGAAUACAGUCAUAGCCUCUCCGAUUUUCCAGAUUUACUAUUCGGAUGCAGUAGCAGAUAUCACGUAACGUUUUCGGUGCCAACAUGUUUUUCUUGGCGCCCUGCAUGAACCCGACCAUUUUCCCGAUACUGUUAGUGGUUUUCUACGCUAUCUGGCAGUCUGGAGAUCGUAUGGAUGGCUGCUGCCCAUCAUGGAACUGGGAGCGACGGCAUGCAUUGCUCAACGCAGACAGCACUGUGCGACCGGCCAGCCUGACAAACAUCACCGAAUGUGUACAGUUUGCCAGCGCACACAACAAACGCAUCACCGUGCUGGGCUCGGGACACUCCUGGGCGGACAUCACUGUACCGGCCGAUAAGAAGAAUGGCAGAGGAUCCACUGAUGGCUCAAGUACGGGGACAUCAAACAGUGCAGUUAGUAACGGUAGUAUUGUACUGUGUAUGAGAUGCUACUCGGGACUGGUCGGUGUGGAUCGCGACAAGAAACAGGUCACUGUCCUCGGUGGCACAACGCUUGCACAGCUGAUCACAAUACUGGAUGAGUACGACCUGGCAUUGGAUAUAUUCCCUUCUGUCAACGAACAAACCAUUGCCGGUGCAAUUUCAUCAGGUACACACGGUACCGGCGUUACACAUGGUAACAUGGCCACUCUUGUUCAAUCGAUCGAAUUGGUGACUGCGGACGGGACAGUACUGACUGCUUCAAGGUCGAGUAAUGCUGAUGUUCUGUACGGUGCCACCAUAGGCAUGGGCCUGUUUGGUAUCAUCACCAAGGUGACUCUCCAAGCUACAGAGAAGUUUAAUGUUUAUGAGAAGAAGAUCUUGAUCAGCAGUGAUGAGCUGUACGCUAACUUGGAGGGCAUCGUUGGCAGUGCCGAGUACGUCAAACUCUGGCACAACGAAGGAACUGGACAAGUGUGUGUGUUCACGUCGUCCCGUACAACAGAGCCUGUCAGAGACAACCGUAACCGAGUCGUUCAAGAUAUUGGGCUGCGCAUCUUUGAAGGCCUUAUCUACCUGGUAUCAUUCUAUCCACGAUCAGCUAAGCCAGUCAUGUACUUUCUCAUUCACUACCUGGACGCCCUGAAAGUCGGCGAACGUGUGAGCACAUGGCACGAUGUGUUCAACAUUCCCCACCAUAUACCCGUUCAUCCUGAGACGGAGUAUGCUGUUCCACUGGCCAACGCCACCGCUGCACUUCGCUUUGUCGCACAACUUGUGGAGGAGAAGGAGAUUGGAACAAACUACAUCAGUGAGACUCGCUUUGUAGGCGCGGAUGAGUUCUGGCUGAGUAACGACUACGGAACACCAACCUGCCACAUCACACUGUUGCUGUACAACCAGGAGGAUGUAUUCCAGAGCUACAUGCAGGCAGUCAGUGACGGUUUGGUCACAAUGGGCGCGCGGCCUCACUGGGGCAAAAUGAGCAAGAUGACGGAGGCGACACUUAAGCACCUCUACCCAAAGUGGGACGACUUUGUGGCUCUGAAGCGUCGUCUUGACCCCUCUGGACGAUUCUGCAACAGCCAGGCCCAGCAAGCAUUUGAUGAGUCUAACAUAUGCUAGGUCUGGAUAGCGCUUCUAAAGAAAUGUUUGACUAUUUAAUACGAACAUUCUAUGAUCCUUUACUCACGUCGUUUUGAACAACACACACACACAUUCAAUCUGUUCAAAGCAGUGCAAUCAAUUUCUGCAGCAACCUAUUACUCUGUUUUCAAAAGAAUUCGAUUUGACAUUAUCGCAGCUGACACAUCGCCUGUAGUAUGGUCGUGUUCCUUACAUAAAAUGGCACAAUCACCAAUCACAUAGGCAAUCACAUAGGCAAUCACAUAGGCAAUCACAUAGGCAAUCACAUAGGCAAUCACAUAGGCAAUCACAUAGGCAAUCACAUAGGCAAUCACAUAGGAAUCACAUAGGAAUCACAUAGGCGUUGGUCUGGCCCAGCACUGCUGGCCCGGCUUCGGCCAGACCAUCUAUUUUUUGCAUCAAUCUAUCCAACGGUUGCAUCCAAGCACAGAACUAUGCUGCAGGUAUUGCAUUUCCCAGUGA